UGUUCAGAGUCGAAAGAAAUAUUGACGGAAAGAAGUGAAGAGUUUAACACUGCGCUGCCCGAAGGCUAGCCUGCCAAUCUCUGCAACAGUAAAACAUUCUUUAUAUAGAUAGACAGAUAGAUAGAGAUACAGCUCGUUGGACACACUGCCGACACAAUCUAGCAUUGAUCUUCAACUGGAAAACUACUUUGAGAUCAAAUAUUUAACACAACAGAGCAAACGCUGCCUGUCUGUCUUUGCCUGGGCUGUGCAGCAGUGAAAGGGUUAACAGCGCACUGUCACUCAAGGUUCAAGUGUCAGGGACACGAGGAGAGGGAGAGAACGCUGCUCUGAACUCAGAAACAAGCCAGCAGACUCGUAACAUUGAAGAGAAGGAAGGAAAGAAGUCAGAGACGGUAUUCCAAUGAAAACACAGAACCCUGUGUGGGACAGCAAGUGUGAGAAUGCAUGUGUGUGUCUCUGGAGGGAACGGGCUGAAAAGGACAGCAUAUUUGAUUUAUGUAUGUGUGUGUGUGUCAGUGUUUGAGGGAGAGAGCUGUGUGUGUGUGUCUCUGUGUGAGGGAGAGAGCUGUGUGUGUGUGUCUCUGUGUGUGUGUCUCUGUGUGAGGGGGAGAGCUGUGUGUGUGUGUCUCUGUGUGUGAGGGAGAGAACUGUGUGUGUGUGUCUCUGUGUGUGUGUCUCUGUGAGGGAGAGAGCUGUGUGUGUGUGUCUCUGUGUGUGAGGGAGAGAGCUGUGUGUGUGUGUCUGUGUGUGUCUGUGUGAGGGAGAGAACUGUGUGUGUGUGUCAGUGUGUGAGGGAGAGAGCUGUGUGUGUGUGUGUCUCUGUGUGUGAGGGAGAGAGAGAGCUCUGUGUGUGUGUGGCUCUCAGUGUGUGUGUGAGGGUGUGUGUGGCUCUCAGUGUGUGUGUGUGUGUGUGUGUGUGUGUGUGGCUCUCAGUGUGAGACGACUCCCCUGUAACUGAGACCUCUGGCAGUGUCAAUAAGCAGUUACAAGGAAGUGCAGCUCUGUUUACUGAGUUGCAGUAGCGCACUGUUGCAGGGCACGAGGGAUUGGGGUGUCAGCACUGUAUAAAGAGGACUGUCGGAGUGGGACUACACCCCUAAACGAGCGGGUACACAGGAGUAUUCAGGAUGUCGGAGCGUGUGAGGCAUUUCAAAGGUCAGAACUAUCACAAGCUGAAGCGCAGUUGCCUGAAUCGAGGGGUGCAGUUUGAGGACCCCCUGUUCCCCCCGUGUGCAGAGUCCCUGUUCUACAGGAGAGCACCCCCUGCAGACCUGCAGUGGAAGAGACCCCAGGAGCUCUGCAGGGCCCCGCGCCUCUUUGUGGAUGGAAUCAGCGCCCGUGACCUACACCAGGGCAGUCUGGGAAACUGCUGGCUGGUGGCGGCUACUUCCUGUCUCGCCACACAGCCAUCUGUCUGGAAGAAGCUCCCUCUUUCCCAGGUGAUCCCGUCUCACCGCGAGCAGGACUGGAAUCCGAGGCGUCCGGAGCGCCACGCCGGGAUCUUUCACUUCCGGUUCUGGCGCUUGGGCUUCUGGACGGACGUGGUGAUUGAUGACCGGCUCCCCGUCAGCGAGGUGGGGGGGCUGCUGUUCUGCAGCUCCAGUAACAAGGCUGAGUUCUGGUGCGCGCUGCUGGAGAAAGCAUACGCCAAGUUGAAUGGAUGCUACGAGGCUCUGGAAGGCGGAAACACGGCUGAGGCACUGGUUGAUUUCACAGGAGGGAUCUCAGAACCGAUCUGUUUGGACCGGGACGGUUUCGUAGAGGACCUGGACAAGAGGAAGCAGCUCUACCAGAACCUGACCAAGGCCCACUCCAGAGGAGCGCUCAUCAGCUGCUCCAUUCGGCCCAUGCAGGGGGAGGCUCUGGAGUCUCGACUGGGCUGUGGUCUGGUGAAAGGUCAUGCGUACGGAGUGACGGAUGUCAGGAAGGUGCGCCUGGGGACCGGCCUGCUCUCCCUCUUCAGAACCAGCCGGCUCUACAUGAUCCGCAUGAGGAACCCCUGGGGUACCACUGAGUGGAGCGGGGCCUGGAGCGACGAGUCACAGCAGUGGCAGCAGAUCAGUAAGAGUGAGAGAGAGAAGAUGGGAGUCACAGUCCGAGACGAUGGCGAGUUCUGGAUGGACUUUGAGGAUUUCUGCCGCUAUUUCACAGACAUGGUCGUGUGCCGGAGAAUCAACACAACGCUGCUGAGCUUCCACAAGAGCUGGCUGGAGGCAAAGCUGCUCGGAGAGUGGAGGAGAGGAGAGACCGAGCUGAGCAACCGCAGCGGGGGCUGCAUCAACAACAGAGCCAGCUUCCUGCAGAACCCACAGUUCAUGUUUGACGUGGAGCGCGAGUCGGACACGGCUCUGAUCUGUCUGCAGCAGGAGGACAAGCGAGCGCUGAGGAGCGAGGGAGGAGGAGAGAACCUGGCCAUCGGCUUCGAGGUGUUCCGGGUGGAGGUGAAUCGCGAGUGUCGGCUGCACAUGAUCCCCCCCAAGGCAGCGAGCUCAGUGUACAUGGACUCCCGCAGCGUGUUCCUGCGUGCAGAGCUCACUCAGGGCCGCUACAUCAUCAUAACAACCACCUUCGCACCCGGGGCCCAGGCCAGCUUCCUGCUGCGGCUCUUCACUAAGACACCUGCCAGCUUGAGGGAGCUGGCUCUGGACCAGCCCCACCCCUCACUCUGGAGCUGCUGUUUGGGUGGGGAUCUGCGUCGAGUCACAACCAUCAACCUGCAGAGUGCAGCAGGGCUGAGACCCAGGGGGGCUGCUAGAGUGUUUGUAUCCACAGACCCUGACGUGUACGCUGUGAUGAGGUGUGAAGGGAACACGGUAAAGUCACGCGUGUUCAAAUCCACCAGCAGGCCGGAAUUUGACCUGAAGGCUGUGUUCUACCGGCAGAAUCCGAGGAGACCAAUCAGGAUCGAGGUGCGCACCAACACUUUACAUACUCCUCGCACACUCACACGGUGUUGUACAGGUGUGGUCGAAGGGAGUGCUCCAGGAUGCGUUACUCGGCCGGGUUUCUGUCGAAGCUGCUGAGAAUGAAAUAGGGAGGAUCCACGUGCUGAGUUUACAGGACAAGUCAAAACACAGAACCACUGGCUCAGUCCUCAUUGAAACAUCCUCUAGUGACAAUCUGACUGAGCUCUGAGUGCCAUCUGCUGGCCAUGCAACACACUGCAACACUGGAUGUACCUGAAACCUCAAUGAGUGACAAUCUAUCAACUGGCCAAGACACCACAAUGCAACACUGAGCCAUUGAAAUGAAUGCUGGACCCUCAUUGUAACGUCCUGCUGUGACAGGACUGUCUGUACUCAAUGUAAUGAGAGUGCUGGACCCUCAUUGUAACGUCCUGCUGUGACAGGACUGUCUGUACUCAAUGUAAUGAGAGUGCUGGACCCUCAUUGUAACGUCCUGCUGUGACAGGACUGUCUGUACUCAAUGUAAUGAGAGUGCUGGACCCUCAUUGUAACGUCCUGCUGUGACAGGACUGUCUGUACUCAAUGUAAUGAGAGUGCUGGACCCUCAUUGUAACGUCCUGCUGUGACAGGACUGUCUGUACUCAAUGUAAUGAGAGUGCUGGACCCUCAUUGUAACGUCCUGCUGUGACAGGACUGUCUGUACUCAAUGUAAUGAGAGUGCUGGACCCUCAUUGUAACGUCUUGCUGUGACAGGACUGUCUGUACUCAAUGUAAUGAGAGUGCUGGACCCUCAUUGUAACGUCCUGCUGUGACAGGACUGUCUGUACUCAAUGUAAUGAGAGUGCUGGACCCUCAUUGUAACGUCCUGCUGUGACAGGACUGUCUGUACUCAAUGUAAUGAGAGUGCUGGACCCUCAUUGUAACGUCUUGCUGUGACAGGACUGUCUGUACUCAAUGUAACUAUUGAGAUUCAGGAUUACUGGUAACUUUAUUAGAAAGACAAAUGCCAGACGUGGAUAAACAGUAUCAAUAAGUGAUUAUGUGAGACUGCUGCCUUUGUGAAAUAUUUGUACCUUUAUAAAAAUAAAAAUACU